GCCACGAAAACAAGAUCUCACGCGCUCUCUACCACACACGCGCUCGUUUGAUUGCUGCUCUCUUACCUCCUCGAAAGUUGAAACAAUACAGAAACACAUUGGUCUCCUCUCUCUCUUUGGUCUUUCCUUCCUUACAGGGUAAAAGCUUAUUAUAUCUUCUCUCUUAAUCUGAGUUUCUUGUUUGUGUCUGAUCAAAAGCUUCUCAUCGGUUCAUUACAAAAAUCUAUCAGGUCAUGGAUUGUUAUACGGGAAUUAAGUUUGAGGAGUUUGUUGUACCUAUUUAUCAAGAGUCGUCUUCAUCAGAGACAUACCAUUCUAAUGGUAUGUGGGGUGGGUGGAGCAUGAGCUCUCCUGAAGCUGCAGAAACAUGUUUUGAUUACGAUGCUUUUAAUGGAGAAGGUUUGUUGUAUAGUCAGAUGAGUAUGAGGACUAGUGAUGAAGAAGAAGAGGAAGAGGCCAAGAGGUCAAAGGCUUUCUAUGGUGCUUCUUCACUUGAUGAUUUUGAAGGAAUCGAACAGAUGGAUGAUUUAUUCUUAAGUUCAAUUUUGGAGGAUGUUCCAGGGAAUGAUGGAGAAGGACAUCGUGCUUCCAGCAGCAAUAACAGUGUUGGCACUUCCUCUAUGUAUGGUGGAAAUGAAGUUUACAUGUUCCAUUGUCAUGAUAUGCCUUUGAAGGAUGAGGCUCCAUUUACAAUCUCGGAUAUGUCUGAAGAGAACAUGUUAAAUUCACAGUAUGUGGAUGACCUGUCUUCUGAAGAACUUGUGUUACAGGAUCUGCAGAGAGCUUCUGAAAAAUUAACUGCUGCGACAAGAAAGUGUUUCAUGGAUACGUUUUACCGGCUUGCAAGAAACUCACAAGAGAAGUUUGAUUCAGUCAACACCAACUCUGAAGAGUUCCAUGUGCAAUCAUCCAGAUAUGCUUAUGGUGAUAAUACCAGGAUGAGUAGAGAAGUAGAAAUGGAAUCUGAAACAAAUUCAAUCGAUAGAGCCAUCGCAAGCCUCACAUUCAACAAGAUGGAAUCCAACAUAAGCAACUUUCCUUUAUCAGAAAGAGUACAGUAGCUUAUGUUGGAUCAAGAUCAACCAUUCUCGUCUCUUCAGCUUCCUAUAUGGAAUAUUUUGUCACCUCAUGUUUAUGUGUAUAUAUUGCAAACGUCGGUUUUGAUCUGUCUCUAAAGAAUCUGGUUCUUUUAACUUCCUGCAGUAAGUUUCUUUCGACUUUAGUAGUGUGUGACAGCAAUGCUUAAUGACUUAAAACUUGAUAUGAGAAAGAGUACAUG